AUGGCCGAGAAAUUCUCCCUGGGGAUAGAAGGAGCAUACUUGGCACAGAUGAGGGCAUUGGUGUUGGCGGGGUUGCCCACAACAAGCACCCUCACACUCUUCUUAGCAUGCUGGUCGAGAGCUUGGCCCUGUGAUUUUGACUGCCCUUGUGGGCUGACGGUAUCGGCCAAACUUGGGAACCUCCACCACUCUCAUGAGGGGGCAGUACGUGUAAACACUCGCACGGGAUCCAUCGUCCACACCGAAUUCGGAGCAAGUGGUUCUCAAAGCCCAGCUGCAGUUACAGGAUCAUAUUCAUUUACCGCUCCUAACGGGGAGACGCACACUGUUGAAUAUGUUGCUGACGAGAAAGGUUUCCGGCCAGUGAUUCGCCGUACGUCUACCUCAUCCUUCUCUUCCCAAUCGAGUGGUGGCUCACAGGCCUUUGGAGCAGGAGCCGUAAGAUCUGGCUCGUCUGGUGUUAAAUUUGGGCAGGUAUCAUCCGGCUUUGUAAGCAACACAGCAGCUCAAGCCCCAAGCUCUUUUGAUGCUUCUGACUUUUCUAACGAAGUGUCUAGUGUUGAAAAUGUUGUAUCAAAUAAACAGUCCACUAGCUCUUCCUUCUUUGCCGGAUCCACCGGAAAUGCAGCAGGAAUCUCAUCUGGUGCAGGAUUCUCGUCUGGUUCUGGCUCUUCAAGCAGAUUCUCUUCUGGUUCUGCCACCGCUACCUCUGCAGGAAAUGCUGGGGAGAAUGUAGCAGUUAUCUUGGCAGGUCAGGGUCUUCCAGCUGGAGUUACUCGUGGUCAGGCAGCUUUCCAGACUGCAUCUUUAGCUGCCAAUACGGCCUCUGGAAACGCAGCAUCUACAUUUACUUCUGGUUCUUCUGGAUCCUCUGGCUCAAGAUUACUUCUGGUGUGUCAGCGGGAACCUCUGGCUCUAGAUUUACUUCUGGUUCAUCUACUGGAUCAAGGUUCACAUCUGGCUCUUCAGCUGGAUCUUCUGGUUCAAGGAUUACUUCUAGCUCUUCAGCUGGAUCUUCUGGUUCAAGGUUUACUUCUAGCUCUUCAGCUGGAUCAUCUGGUUCAAGGUUCACUUCUGGCUCAUCAACCAAGAUCCAAGCAGGAAAGGUUGGUGACAGUGUAUCAGUUAUCCUACUUCAGGAAACAGGGGAGCAGCUUCACCUCUGGAUCAACCUUUUCUUCUGAUUCCUCUGCCGAAACUAGCUUCUCCGCUGGCUCUGCCGAAACUAGCUUCUCCGCUGGCUCUGCCGAAACCACAGGAUCUCAGUUCACAUCCUCUGCUGGUACUUCCUCAGGAUCAUCUUCCACUUUCACUUCUGGAUCCACAUCUGGUGCCACAACUGGAUUCUCCUCUGGAUCCUCUGCUUCCACCUUUGCAGGAAAUGAUGGCGAAAGUGUUGCAGUAAUUUUGGCUGGAAACACUGUGCCAACAGGAGUCACUCGUGGUCAGAUCCAGGUUUCUGUCCCUGCUACCAGCACCUCUGGAAUCAGUUCUGGCUCAACCUUUACAUCUGGUUCCAGUUUCAAUGCUGGAUCCACUAGUGGAGUAACAUCAACUGGUUCCUCUGCUGGUCUAUCUGGUUCUAGGUUUACCUCUGGUUCAUCCUCUGGAUCAUCUGGUUCUAGGUUCACUUCUGGCUCAUCAUCUGGAUCAGCUGGCUCUGGCUUGACUUCUGGCUCAUCUGGUUCUGCCUUCACCGCUGGCUUGUCUGCUGGAUCAUCUGGUUCCAGAUUUACCUCAGGUGCAUCUACUGGGUCCACUACAUCUUCAUUUACCUCUGGUACAUCGACCAAGAUUCACGCUGGAAAGGUUGGUGACAGUGUUGCAGUUAUCCUAGCAGGACAGGGUAUCCCAGCUGGAGUCACUCGUGGCCAGGCAGCCUUCCAGGUUGCAGCAGUUGGUGCUAAUGCUGCCUCUGGAGCUUCAGGAAACAGGGGAGCUAGCUUCACCUCUGGAUCAACCUUUUCUUCUGAUUCCUCUGCCGAAACUAGCUUCUCCGCUGGCUCUGCCGAAACUACAGGAUCUCAGUUCACAUCCUCUGCUGGUACUUCCUCAGGAUCAUCUUCCACUUUCACUUCUGGAUCCACAUCUGGUGCCACAACUGGAUUCUCCUCCGGAUCUUCUGCUUCCACCUUUGCAGGAAAUAAUGGCGAAAGUGUUGCAGUAAUUUUGGCUGGAAACACUGUGCCAACAGGAGUCACUCGUGGUCAGAUCCAGGUUUCUGUCCCUGCUACCAGCACCUCUGGAAUCAGUUCUGGCUCAACCUUUACAUCUGGUUCCAGUUUCAAUGCUGGAUCCACUAGUGGAGUAACAUCAACUGGUUCCUCUGCUGGUCUAUCUGGUUCUAGGUUUACCUCUGGUUCAUCCUCUGGAUCAUCUGGUUCUAGGUUCACAUCUGGCACAUCAGCUGGAUCCUCAGGUUCCAGAUUUACUUCUGGCUCAACAACUGGAUCCACUACAUUUACAUCUGGCACAUCAACCAAGAUUCAUGCAGGAAAGGUCGGUGAGAGUGUGGCAGUGAUUCUGGCUGGUCAGGGCCUUCCUGCAGGAGUUACCCGUGGUCAAGCAGCUUUCCAGACAUCAUCACUUGCUGCUAAUACUGCUUCAGGAAUCUCCUCUGGUAAUGCUGGUUCAAGGUUCACUUCAGGAGCAACUACAUCUGACUCCUCUGCUGAAUCUAGUUUCUCUUCAGGAUCAACCAGCACCACUGGAUCUAAAUUUACAUCAGCUUCUAUUGGAUCAUCAAUUGGUUCAACUUCAUCUUCAGGUUCCACCGCUGGAUCUUCUGGAUUUACUUCUGGCUCCUCAGCUGGAUCCUCUGGUUCCCGAUUCACCUCUGUCUCAUCUACUGGAUCCAGAACAUCCUCUGUUUCUGGCACAUCAACCAAGACCAUCAGUGGAAAUGCUGGUGAGAGCGUGGCAGUGAUUCUGGCUGGACAGGGUAUCCCAUCUGGAGUUACUCGUGGUCAGGCAGCUUUCCAGGUUGCUGGAGUAAAUACUGCUUCUGGAGUCUCUUCUGGAAAUGCUAUUAAAUCCAGUUUCAUUGCUGGAUCCACUGGUACCACAUCUACCGGAUCAUCAGCUGUUACUUCCGGAUCAUCUGGUUCUAGCUUCACUUCUGGUUCAUCUGGAUCAGCUGGCGCUGGCUUCACUUCUGGCUCAUCAUCUGGCUCUGCUUUCACCACUGGCUCAUCUACUGGAUCAUCUGGUUCUAGGUUUACCUCUGGUUCAUCAUCUGGAUCAGCUGGCUCUGGCUUCACUUCUGCUCAUCGUUCCAGAUUUACCUCAGGUGCAUCUACUGGGUCCACUACAUCUUCAUUUACCUCUGGUACAUCGACCAAGAUUCACGCCGGAAAGGUUGGUGACAGUGUUGCAGUUAUCCUAGCAGGACAGGGUAUCCCAGCUGGAGUCACUCGUGGCCAGGCAGCCUUCCAGGUUGCAGCAGUUGGUGCUAAUGCUGCCUCUGGAACUUCAGGAAACAGGGGAGCUAGCUUCACCUCUGGAUCAACCUUUUCUUCUGAUUCCUCUGCCGAAACUAGCUUCUCCGCUGGCUCUGCCGAAACUAGCUUCUCCGCUGGCUCUGCCGAAACCACAGGAUCUCAGUUCACAUCCUCUGCUGGUACUUCCUCAGGAUCAUCUUCCACUUUCACUUCUGGAUCCACAUCUGGUGCCACAACUGGAUUCUCCUCUGGAUCCUCUGCUUCCACCUUUGCAGGAAAUGAUGGCGAAAGUGUUGCAGUAAUUUUGGCUGGAAACACUGUGCCAACAGGAGUCACUCGUGGUCAGAUCCAGGUUUCUGUCCCUGCUACCAGCACCUCUGGAAUCAGUUCUGGCUCAACCUUUACAUCUGGUUCCAGUUUCAAUGCUGGAUCCACUAGUGGAGUAACAUCAACUGGUUCCUCUGCUGGUCUAUCUGGUUCUAGGUUUACCUCUGGUUCAUCCUCUGGAUCAUCUGGUUCUAGGUUCACAUCUGGCACAUCAGCUGGAUCCUCAGGUUCAAGGUUCACAUCUGGCACAUCAGCUGGAUCCUCAGGUUCAAGGUUCACAUCUGGCACAUCAGCUGGAUCUACCACAUUUACAUCUGGCACAUCUACAAAGACUGUCGGAGGAAAUGCCGGCGAGACUGUGGCAGUGAUUCUGGCUGGACAGGGUAUCCCAGCUGGAGUUACACGUGGUCAGGCAGCUUUCCAGGUUGCUGGAGUAAAUACUGCUUCUGGAGUCUCUUCUGGAAAUGCUGUUAAAUCUAGCUUUCUUUCUGGGUCCACUGGCACCACAGGGUCUAAAUUUACAUCUACCGGAUCAUCAGCUGGACUGACAUCCUCUGCUGGAUCAUCUGGUUCAAGAUUCACCUCUGGCUCAUCUACCGGAUCCACCACAUUUACAAGCACAUCGACCAAGACUGUUGGAGGAAAUGCUGGAGAUAGUGUAUCAGUAAUUUUGGCAGGUCAGGGCCUUCCUGCAGGUGUUACUCGUGGCCAGGCAGCUUACCAAAUCUCAUCAGCUUCAGUCACAGGUAACUCAGGAAGCAGGAGUGGUUUUUCCCAAAACACAGGUUCCUCUUCUAGAUUCUCGUCUGCUGCUGGAUCUGCAGGUAUUAGGUCAUCCACAGGAUCUAGCGCUGUAAGAUCAAGCUUAGUAAAUAGCGGCAGACUAGCCACCAAAGUGUCUUCUAGUUCAUCAAAAACAUCUGGAGGUUCAUUUGUGACAGGCAAUAGAGUCAGUUCUCAAAGAACAUCCACUAACAGAGCUGGUGUUCGCAACCCCAUUCCUGAUGUAAAGAGCGUUGCUGUACUUCUUGCUAAACCUGGUCAACUUUAAGUUGAAGCUCUAAAGAUAUCAACACAGGAGCAAAUGCAAGCUGACAGUAGACUCUUGUGCACUGAGAUGAUAUUGUUUCAAGAUGGACAAGUACAAAUUGCUGACAUAUCCUUUUGGGAAAGUGUAUAUUUUAAAUGUUCCUAGUUUUUUGUUAUUUUCUAGCUCUGUUACUAAUGAAAUAGUUGUAUACAAAGAUAAGUGCUCAUUGAUAAGUGUAUAUGCGCUGUUGUUAUGUAAAUAAAUACAAGAAAUCGAA